ACUACUAUCAAAUGAAUUCCACACUAUCUGGCCACACUGAUCAUUCUGAAAAUAAUUUGAAUGCUCCGUUAUUUUCUUUAAGUGUGGAGUAUGUCUUCUUUCAUUGACGCCGGUAAAUCCGUGGAGGGUAAGGUUAACAUCCUGCAGGACUUGGUGGUGCAGCGAUCACGGCUACCAGAGGAUAUCGUAGACUUCCUAACGGUAUUCCAAGUUGGACCUCUACUUAGCCCCCUUCCUGAAGAAGCUGUUUUGGUGACGGCUACAAGACCCGGAUGCAGCUGGAAGAAGAAUGUUCGUUCGACUACCCCUUCUUCUGAAACGAAGAGCACCACCAAAGGUGCGAAGAGUGUCAGCAAGAGAGCGGCAGCAAGCGAUAGUGUUGAUGAGUUUGCUGCUCCCGAACCGGCUAAGAAGAGGAGGCCCGCCGCUAAGUCAAAACAAGUGGAGCCGUCGGUGAAGCCAAAGCAGUCGAAGCUGCAGAAGUACAUGAAGAGGUGGGAUGAGAGUAGCCCUUAUCGACGGCCGCCAAUGAUCUCGACCCUCUGACGGGCCCUUUCUACGUCGGAUACCACUAUCUCGAAGGCUAAAGCGGCCAAGACGAAAAAGCAGCCACCGACGGUGCCGCAGAUGUCAACUGUUGCGUGCAACAUUGAGCCAGCCACCACGUUGUCUUUUGAUACCACAGCCAAGCCAUAUGAUCAACCACUAGCCAGCUCCAUAGCACCUCCGCCACCGAUGCCUGCGCCAAAUGUUCAGGAGGUAAUUUCUGCCCAACCCUCUGGCAUCGAGGUGGAGUUACCAUCGUCGCAGAGGAGUUACAGCUUAGUCUAGGACGUGCUUGAACUCAGCAGAAUAUGCCAUGAGAGGAAGCCAAAGCUGGUAACGAUCCGGGACAGCGACGAAAAAUUGGCGGAAAUUGCAGCACGUAAGCGACGAUUUGAAGUUCUACAGGCGCAGGUAGUCGAACGGAAACGGCGUUUGUUGACCGAAUUGUCUGAGGUGGAAAUCAGCAUCAAUGGAGUGGAAGAGGAGUACCGUGUUGAGGGUGAUUUAACAAAUCGAUAUCCCUUGGAGGUCGACGAAAUGAGCGACCGUGUGAAGGCUCUCAAGGAUCAGAUCAGGAAGGGAGUUGACGACGUUGUAACAUAACCUUCAUUUAUCCUAGAUCCUUUUUUUAUGGAUUACAUAUGAGUUGGUUGGUUUGUGUAUACGGCACUGCGUGGCAGUGAUAUGGGACCUAUUUCCCAAGUAGACGAAUGAUGAUGAUUCCAACGAUGAAGAUUUUCCUGACCCACCAAUCCUCAUCGAGGAUAGUCCACCACCAUCUCCUAUCCCCAUAGAAUAAUCAUAUUCCUGAUCCUUUCCUAGGAGUACACAUAUUGUUGGUUGGUGUACACAAGGCACUGCACGGUUGGGGCAGUGUCUACUCCUCCCUACAUCCCAUCAUUCCCGAACUAUUUUACAAUUACCCAGACGACGGCCUUCCUAUCCUCAUUGAAUAAUCGAUCAUUCUUUCAAAGUAUACUUACUAAAGCUUGUUAAAGAUUGUUGUAAAUAUUUUGCAGUAUUUAAAAAUAUAUACUCUGGUUGCUAUAUACGGGUUGUGGCAGCAUUUAUACUUCCAAUCCAAUCAUGUUCUAGUCAUAUUCAAUAUGUAGAAUAAAUUAUAUUUAUAGUACAAAACUAAGUUCGAAAUGUUAUAUCUG